GUACACAUCCGUUUCAAUUAUUAGCAAGUUCUCGACGUAACAAGACGCACGGAUUGUCAUGUAAAUUUAACGAAUGAAUCUACCAUCGGCGAACCUUGCCCUUCUUUCGCCCCCUUUCCCUACCACCUCUCUACUCUUCCCCCCCUUGUACGCUUUUGACACAACUGACAAUAAGACGCGGCGCGAGCGCACCGCGCAUGCAUUUCGCUCGCGACAGCUGGGCCGUCGACACUGACACGUGUCGCGUGGACCACGUGACUAGAGACGCGAGCGACGCGCUGGCCGACCGGCCGAUCGACUUAACGGAACGGAGGACUCCAAAGCACGCAAUCGAAAGUCACCCGACGACGGCAGCGGCGAACGACCGGAAUUUUCACCGAGCCCCGAGUUUCACUUCUAACCUGAAUACGACGCGUUUGCGCGCGCGCCUGUGUGUGUCCCCUCGUAUCAACCGACGACUCGGCCAGCUCUGACGAGCUUAGGAGCGUCGAGGAGCCGUAUAUACGUACGUAUGUGCGAUUCGGAACGCAGGAAUUCUGAUUCGCGGACUAGUCGUGGACUUCAAGCCCGACAAUUAAUUCAGAUCUCAGUCCUCUCGAUAGGCGACCGCUCUUUCAGGUGAUUACAUAAACCUCCUCUCGCGAGGGAAACUGACGUUCGAUCGCUCCCGAUAAUCUUCGACUCGAGGGUCCAACCGAGAUGUGGCCGAAGGACGUGGGUAUCCGGGCGCUGGAGGUGUACUUCCCGGCGCAGUACGUGGAGCAGACGGAGCUGGAGGCGCACGACGGCGUUUCCGCGGGCAAGUACACGGUCGGUCUCGGCCAGUCGCGGAUGGGGUUCUGCGACGACCGCGAGGACAUCAAUUCGCUGUGCCUGACGGUGUCGCACCGGCUGCUGGAGCGUCACGGGAUCGAGCCCCGGGACAUCGGUCGACUCGAGGUGGGCACCGAGACUAUCCUCGACAAGAGUAAGUCGGUCAAGUCCGUGCUGAUGCAGCUGUUCGAGCCGCACGGCUGCACCGACGUCGAGGGCGCCGACACCACCAACGCCUGCUACGGCGGCACCGCCGCUCUCUUCAACGCCGUUGCCUGGGUGGAGAGCAGCGCCUGGGACGGCAGGCUCGCCCUGGUCGUCGCGGCCGACAACGCUGUGUACGAGGCGGGCAGCGCCAGGCCUACUGGCGGCGCGGGCGCGAUCGCCAUCCUGGUGGGUCCGGACGCGCCGCUCGUGUUCGACCGAGGCCUCCGCGCGUCCUGCAUGCGGCACGCGUACGACUUCUACAAGCCGAAUCUGCGCUCCGAGUACCCAACCGUGGACGGCAAGCUAUCUAUUAAGUGUUACUUGAGCGCUCUUGACAGCUGUUAUCAGCUGUACUGCGACAAGGUCAGGGAGAGGGAUCCCGUCAGCGAGCCCGUGACGUUGGCCAGCUUCGACGCGUUCCUCUUCCACUCGCCCUACUGCAAGCUCGUGCAGAAGUCCUUCGCCCGGCUGGCCUUCGUCGACUUCCUCAACACGCCCAAGGAUCGGCUCGGCGACCGCUACAAGGACGCGGCGAGCUUCCACGCCAGCAAACUCGAGGACACCUACUUCGACCGGGACGUCGAGAAGGUUUUCGUGCAACUGAGCAAGGUGGACUUUGAGCAAAAGACCCGGCCCAGCUUGUUGUUGGCGAAUCAGGUCGGAAAUAUGUACACCCCGUCGGUCUACUCCGGUUUAGUGUCGUUACUCAUAUCGAAGCCGAUAAGUGAAUUGGCCGGUAACAAGAUCGGCGUGUUCUCCUACGGCUCGGGUCUCUGCUCCAGCAUGUACUCGUUGACGGUGACGAGGGACACGCGGGACGGUUCCGGCCUGUCCAAGAUCAUCACUGCUCUCUCUUACGUCAAGCCGCAAUUGGAGGGACGUCAUCGCGUCUCCCCGGCGGAUUAUACCAGGGUGUUGGCGGCGAGGGAACAUAAUUGUCACAUUGUGCCAUUCACCCCGGAGAGUAGUAUAGACAACAUGUUUCCAGGAACGUAUUACUUGACCCAGGUGGACGAAAAAUACAGGAGAACUUAUAAGAGAGUAUGAAAACGGCCUAUAUGAACUAAAAGGUUUAGGGUUAUUUAUAGUAAAAAAAAUAUAUA